UGCCUUUUUCCCUGUGGGGUAAGACUGCUGAAUGGGUGUGGGGGUGACUCACACAGGGCACGUGGGUGGUAGGCGAGGCUUGCCUGGCGCCGAGGGCAGGUAACCCAGCCAGUUCUGCCUCUGCUACCUCAUUCCAGUCAUUAGCCAUCCCCGGGCCUGCGAUGAAAGCCUCUCGCCGCCUCAGCCACCGUCCCAUUGGGGGGCCUUGGGCCCCAGAUAUGCGGUGAUAGCAGAGCAAGAGCUGUCACCACCACUCUGUACUCCACCAGCUAUGAACGCCCAUCCCAGGGAGAUGGUGCCCCUCAUGGGAAGAAAAGCCAAUAUCUCUAGUGGGAAUCCUGCUGUCCUGACAGAGAAGAGGCCAGCAGAAGUCACCCCCACCAAGAAGAGUGCUCACUUUUUCCUGGAGAUAGAAGGCUUCGAGCCCAACCCCACUGUUGCCAAGACUUCCCCGCCUGUCUUCUCCAAGCCGAUGGAUUCCAACAUCCGACAGUGCAUCUCUGGUAACUGUGAUGACAUGGAUUCCCCUCAGUCUCCUCAGGAUGAUGUGACAGAGACCCCGUCCAAUCCCAACAGUCCAAGUGCAAACCAGGCCAAGGAGGAGCAGAGGCGGAAAAAGAAGCGGCUAAAGAAACGCAUCUUCACGGCUGUUUCUGAGGGCUUCGUGGAGGAGCUGGUAGAGCUGCUGGUGGAACUGCAGGAGCUUUGCAAGCGCCGCCGCGGCCUGGAUGUGUCUGACUUCCUCAUGCACAAGCUGACAGCAUCAGACACGGGGAAGACCUGCCUGAUGAAGGCCUUGCUAAACAUCAACCCCAACACGAAGGAGAUCGUGCACAUCCUACUCACCUUUGCAGAUGAGAAUGACAUCCUGGACCAGUUUGUCAAUGCUGAGUACACCGAGGAGGCCUAUGAAGGACAGACGGCUCUCAACAUCGCCAUCGAGCGGCGCCAGGGAGACAUCGCCGCUGUGCUCAUUGCCGCGGGGGCCGACGUGAACGCCCACGCCAAGGGGGUCUUCUUCAACCCCAAGUACCAGCACGAAGGCUUCUACUUUGGUGAGACACCCCUGGCCCUGGCAGCAUGCACCAAUCAGCCUGAGAUUGUGCAGCUUCUGAUGGAGAACGAGCAGACAGACAUCACUUCGCAGGACUCCCGGGGAAACAACAUUCUGCAUGCACUGGUGACGGUGGCUGAGGACUUCAGGACCCAGAAUGACUUCGUGAAGCACAUGUAUGACAUGAUCCUGCUACGGAGUGGCAACUGGGAGCUGGAGACCAUGCGCAACAACGACGGCCUCACACCGCUGCAGCUGGCUGCCAAGAUGGGCAAAGCUGAGAUCCUGAAGUACAUCCUUAGUCGUGAGAUCAAGGAGAAGCCUCUCCGGAGCCUGUCCAGGAAGUUCACAGAUUGGGCGUACGGACCUGUGUCAUCCUCACUCUAUGACCUCACCAAUGUGGAUACCACAACAGACAACUCUGUGCUGGAAAUUAUUGUCUACAACACCAACAUUGAUAACCGGCAUGAGAUGCUGACCCUGGAGCCACUGCACACACUGCUGCAUAUGAAGUGGAAGAAGUUUGCCAAGUACAUGUUCUACUUGUCCUUUUGUUUCUAUUUCUUCUACAACAUCACCCUGACUCUCGUCUCUUACUACCGUCCCCGGGAGCCAGAGGACCUCCCACACCCAUUGGCCCUGUCACACAACAUGGGGUGGCUGCAGCUCUUAGGAAGGAUGUUUGUUCUCAUCUGGGCGACAUGCAUCUCUGUGAAAGAGGGAAUUGCAAUCUUCCUGCUGAGACCCUCAGAUCUGCAGUCCAUCCUGUCAGAUGCCUGGUUUCACUUUGUCUUUUUUAUCCAAGCUGUGCUUGUGAUACUGUCUGUCUUCUUGUACUUGUUUGCCUACAAAGAGUACCUCGCCUUCCUUGUGCUGGCCAUGGCCCUGGGCUGGGCGAACAUGCUCUACUACACGCGUGGCUUCCAGUCCAUGGGCAUGUACAGCGUCAUGAUCCAGAAGGUCAUCUUGCAUGAUGUUCUGAAGUUCUUGUUUGUAUAUAUCGUGUUCUUACUUGGAUUUGGCGUAGCUCUGGCCUCACUGAUUGAGAAGUGCUCUGAUGACAACAAGGACUGCAGUUCCUAUGGCAGCUUCAGUGACGCUGUGCUGGAGCUCUUUAAGCUCACCAUAGGCCUGGGAGAUCUGAAAAUCCAGCAGAACUCCACUUACCCCAUCCUCUUUCUGUUCCUGCUCAUCACUUAUGUCAUCCUCACCUUCGUCCUCCUCCUGAACAUGCUCAUUGCGCUCAUGGGGGAGACCGUGGAGAACGUCUCCAAGGAGAGUGAGCGCAUCUGGCGCUUGCAGAGAGCCAGGACAAUCUUGGAGUUUGAGAAGAUGUUACCAGAAUGGCUGAGGAGCAGAUUUCGCAUGGGAGAGCUGUGCAAAGUAGCAGAGGAUGACUUCCGGCUGUGUUUGAGGAUCAAUGAGGUGAAGUGGACCGAAUGGAAAACACAUGUCUCCUUCCUCAAUGAAGAUCCAGGUCCCAUCAGGCGGACAGUAGAUUUCAACAAAAUUCAAGAUUCUUCUAGGAGCAACAGCAAAACAACUCUCAAUGCAUUUGAGGAAAUUGAUGAGUUUCCAGAAACUUCGGUGUAGAAGCAGAACCCAGAGCUGAUGCGAGAGUGAGCUGUCUGAUGCAGCAGGCAGAGUCCUUCCUGAACUCUGUGCUGAGGGCCUGACUGU